GUUAGGGGUCACGCGACUGACAGCUUCUGCGUCUGGUUGGUUUGUUGCUGUCGGCACAUUUUUCACUCUACGGAUGGCAGUUUGUCACUUUGUUUUCGUUUUUUGAAGAAGUCUGUAUAAUAUCGGCUCCAUACAAAAAUAGGAAUGGUAGUUUUUGAGACGGAACGGCACUGUUUGAUAUAAUAUAUAUAUUGGUUCUCCUGCAUGAGGUGAAAAAUUAGUGGUGUAGUGUUACUUUUCUGUGUCUUGGUGGAACCGCCCAGCAAGGAGACACUGAGGCAGCAGUCUUUGCCAAAGGGAAGUGAGACUACCGAGAUUGUACUCCUUUGUUUCCAGGUAAUUGUGUGAAACAUAUUAUUUAUGUACUACCUCAUACAGUGGGAGAAUGGCAGAUGACAAAGAUGUUUUGCGAGAUGUGUGGUUUGGGAGAAUUCCCACCUGCUUUACUUUGUAUCAGGAAGAAGUAACAGAAAGAGAGGCUGACCCCUACUAUCUGCUCUUGCCUCGAGUGAGCUAUUUGACACUGGUUACUGACAAAGUGAAAAAGCACUUUCAGAAGGUGAUGAAGCCAGAAGAUAUUGGUGAAAUGUGGUUUGAAUAUGAAGGUACUCCUUUAAAAUGGCAUUACCCAAUUGGCUUACUCUUUGACCUCCAUGCCUCUCACACAGCACUUCCUUGGAGCAUUACUGUGCACUUUAAGGAUUUUCCAGAAAAGGAUCUUCUGCACUGCCCUUCAAAUUCUGUUAUAGAAGCUCAUUUUAUGUCUAGCAUUAAAGAAGCUGAUGCCUUAAAGCACAAAGGACAAGUAAUCAAUGAGAUGCAAAAGAAGGACCACAAACAGCUGUGGAUGGGCCUACAGAAUGAUAAAUUUGAUCAGUUCUGGGCUAUAAAUCGAAAGUUAAUGGAAUAUCCUGCAGAAGAGGGAGGAUUUCGAUACAUUCCUUUCCGGAUUUAUCAGACUGUAAGUGAGCGACCUUUCAUUCAAAAGUUGUUUCGGCCAAUCACAGCAGAAGGUCAGCCCCAUACACUCAUUGAUCUACUGAAGGAAGUCUCACCCUUUGCUGUUUCACAGGGUGGUGGUGAGAAGAAAUAUCAAGUGGUGAUUCAUGGAAUUGAGCCAAUGCUUGAAACGCCAGUGCAGUGGCUAAGCGAACAUCUCAGUUAUCCUGAUAACUUCCUUCACAUCAGUGUAAUACCUAUAUCCACAGACUGAAAUACUGGGUUCAUAUUUUAUUUCUGUCACUUAGGCAAUUUAUACUAAAACAUCUUUAGUUCUUUUUCAUUUUAUAUAUAUAUAUAUAUAUAUAUAUAUAUAUAUAUAUAUAUAUAUAUAUAUAUAUAUAUAUAUAUAUAUAUAUAAAUAAAUAAAUCUGGUAACACUCUGGCUGGAAGACCUCACUGCUAUAAGCAAACAGGAAAUAUUGAUUCUUGCUAGAUAAAGCAAGAAUGCUGCCAAUGCUUUGGAUUAGUUCUAUGUUCAUCUUUUGUCAUCACUUCCUCAGCUGCAACAUCAGACUUUUUCAUUCCAGUAUCUGCUUAAGUUUACCCAAGCAAAGAAAAAUGCUAUAUGUGAAGAACAACAGAAGUAAUGGAAAAAUUUCGGGCUCAGUCUUCAACUCCUAUUAGAAAAUAAACAAACAAGGGUAUUUCCUAAAGUAAGUAUGAUGGAACUGUACUAGCACAGCCCAUGGAAAGAAUAGCUUGCACUUUCCAGAGGUGUGUGUUUCAUGUAGUUAAUGAAUGACUCUCCUCUUAUUUAGCCUUUUUUAAUUACAUAAAAGGUACAUUCCAGUAUAUAUACAAAAAAUAACAAUGAAAGACCAUUAAGUAUUGUCUUUCUCAAAGCCCUGGUUUCGGAUUUUAGCCAGUACACUGUUAACAUUAAGUCAUACUUGUUUUUUGAGUAACUCAGCUAUGAGAUGUUUUUACUUUUGGGGUGGAGCCAAGUUGACAAUAUCAUCAUAUCACAUAUCAUUUAAACAACUCUGAAAGCCAAUAUACAUUUUUAAUGUGAAUUUACCUUGUGUGACUUCUAAAAAAAAAAAUAGAACAUUUAGAAACAACUUCUUAUUUUCAAUUCUGUGUAUAUUAGGAAACCUACAUUUGCCGAUGACAACGUCAGUUAGUUGAAUAAUGCUCCUCCUGAGAAACUUGUGCUGUUUGUGUGUCAUAGUUUUGUAUCAGAAUAAUUUGCCUCCUUGUUAAAUGCACUUUUCUUGUGUAAAAGACAUAAUUCAAAUGUGCCUGUUAAAAAUUUAAGGUAUCAUUUGCAAAGUUCAUUUGUUUUUAUACAGUCCUUCUUAGUUAAGUCAUUAAUGAUAGUAAGAGAUGGAUUCAAAUUUAAUUGAUCGUAUUCAUGCAGGAUAUAUUUAUGCUGUUUUGGAUUAAAUUUUCUCAUUUGAAUGAGUGUCGUACAGAAGCUUAUUUCUAUCUAUUUUUGGGCACUUCAGACCUCUUUGCAUUUUCAUUUUGUUAAAUUUAUUUAAAAAAUUAAUUAGCUUAAAAUACAUAAUAAUUUUAAACACGUAUUUAUGUAUUUUUUUAUGUAUGUUAUUCCCUAAAUGGCAUUUGUCAUAAAUCAUUGUUUCUUUCACUAGAAGUAAUUUUGAUAAUUGCUCUGACUUACAUUCUCAGAAUAAUGUUGUGCUUAGAGCCUCAACAGAAUUCAUUAUAUAUCAUUGAUAAACAUAGCAAUCGUUUUUUUUCAGAAAAUGUGGAUUACCAAAGGAAUUACAAGUCUGGUAUAUGAAGAUUUUGAGAUUAGCAAAAGUAUUUGAGUUUUGACAUUUUGUUUAUCAUGGGGUUGCACCAUAUUAAAGCAGGGAAUAACACAGUCAUCUUUGAUACAUAUGUAUUUUAAUUUUUGCCCAUGACUUUGGGGGAGAAAUAACUAACACAAGCAAUUGAAUUAAUUGUGGUUGCUGAGGAUGUAGACCGCACAAAACACUGUCUGAUGGUUAUUAGAGAAUCAGCACUAGAAUUAUUAAAUGAGAUUUAUGGUAUAUGAACAUUUUUUUCCCCAAAUUUGUCACCUGACUAAUUACAAGUAUCUGUCAAAAGUUGCUUGGGAUAAUUGUAUAAAUUGAAAAAAAAGUGUAACUUAAUAAACAGAAGUAACUUUGCCAUUUAUGUCCGUGCUUGUAUUUCUGCCAUGUAUGCACAUUUUUUACAUUACCUAUAGGAUUAAUAUGUCACACCACAUUAUUUGCAGAUUAAAAUGCUGUAUUAUACUCAAGAACAGAGAUUAUGUUGUAUUUUAUUAAUCUACUCUGUAAAGAAAAAGCCUCAAAUAUUAAUUUGUUAAAAGGAAGUUGUGAAGUCAUAUUCCAUUCAUUAAUUUUCUACAAAUGUGGUUAUUUGUUCACUCAUUAUGACUAUGCACUGUCUGGUAAUAUAUUUUGUGAGUUAAAGAGACCAUUAUAUAAACAAAUAUUGACCAGUGUUUAGUUUAUAAAAUGUGGGUACUCCACCUUGGCAUUUUAGUUUGCAAUUAUUUAGCCUUGCCUUUAUAUGGGGAUCUUUUCAUUGAAGUUGACACACAUUUUCUUUCUAGCUGAAAAUAUAUAAUGCCAUCUUAAGUGUCUUAUCAGUGUCUUUGAUGUCACCUACUGUGAUGGCUUUUGACAGACAGAGACUCAAACUACAAUUAAACUUGGAGAAAGCAAUAAACAAAGGACAAAGUCUUUUGAAGUUUGUUGGAUUUUUUUAUCAUAGUGAUGUUAGGGUUUUUCACACUAUAAAAAAUGUUUUUUAAUCCAUUCUUUCCAUAUAUUGAUUUUGAUUUUAUCCCAAGUAUAUUAUAGGGUACUAGCUUUUCCUAUAUGCUAAUACCAGUUUUUGCAUUGCAUGAAGAGUGAAUAGUGUUUAAAACAUUCAGACUCACAAUCUAAACUUUUGUUUCUUUUACUAGAUAUUUGUUUUGCUAUACUAAAUAUUUUACUGCAAGAGGCUACCAAUUAGAAUUAAGAAAGAAAAAUAUACUGCACAUAAAGUUUCAGGUUAGCAUGUGUAUUUUGCACCGUGCUGUUCAAUAUGUCAUGAAAUAUUUACAGAAAUGCCUUAAUUAUACAGACCUGUUAUUUGGAUAUGGGCAGCAUUUACAGUUUCCUGCAUCUCUUAAGUCAUCUAGCAGCUGGCUUUAAACCUAAGAUUCCACAUGUGUUGUCUGGACUGUGAGCAGACUGUCUCUGCAAAAUGAGGUGAACUCCUUGGUCAGAUAAUAAGCCUCAUUAUGAUAGGACAUACUGGAAAAUUGUAGUGUUGUGUUACAGUCAGGCUGAAACCAUAUUCAUCUCCCUUUUUUUCGCUUCCUGAGACUGGUCAUUUUGACUGGAGGGUGGUUUCCAAAAAAAAAAAAAGGCGAAAGGAAGAAAAGUCUAGAUUACACAUCAAAGCAAGAGAAGUGCUCUCAAACCAGUUAAUUAAAUAAAGAUUCGUCAUGGUAAAGUUUCAUUAUGUGCAUCUCAAUAAAUCUAUCACAUAAAAGUGUGCCUUUUGGCCUCACUGAAGCAGUGAUACAGCAUUUGAGAUAGAAUGCUGUAACUGUCUUUCAGGUCCACUGUUUUUGACAUCCUUUUUAACUUUUACUCUUACAAAUGCUUCGCAUGACAUUGGCUUAAAUAUGACUGUUAAGUUACAGUAUGUGAUGACCUGUUCUUUAUUAAAAUCUGUGAAUGUAAAAUAACCAGUGAGAACAAAUCAAGGUACAUUUGUUUAGUGCCAUUUUAAAUUGGGGAAAAAAAUGUCUUUUUAUCUGUCAUAAUUUUAUAUAUGCUUUUAAGCAUGUCUUUUUGAAUAUACCUUUCUAGUCUGCAUCCUCAAGGAAGCAUCAGGUUGUAAACUUGCUUAAAUUGGGGGUAGCUUGUUCCAGUUAAGCCACCAAGUCUGUUUAGCUCUCUGUUUGAUGCAUGAAAUUUGUUUUUCUGUAUCCUAUUUUGUUAAAUAAUUUGACCAUGAUUUUUUCAUUUGGGAUUUUGUGAGGUUGUUUACAACAAUACUUUUUGACUGUAGGGGUUACAUAGUAACCUUUUGGGAUGCUUUAAUAUACAGUAGAAAAUAAGAGUAGAACUUUAGUUAUUCUGUGCCUGUAAUACCAAUUAAAGAUGUGCACAAAGUAUGCUUUAUAUGAAUAUUGUGUUAACUAUGAAAUGCAUUAAAAUGUUUGUAAUAAACAAAGGAAAAGAUUUUUCUUA